AUUUAGAUAAAUAUUUUUUUACAUAUAAACAAAAUAAGUAACAAAUAAAUAGAAUAACAGUUUUAACAUAUGUACUCUUAUAUUCAACGUGUAAUAUUUUAUAAUCGGCUCAACUAUGCAAAAAGAAGUACCUCUUUUAGAUGACGACACAAUACCAUUUGGAGAAGAAGAUGAAGUCAAUGCUAGGAAUUCAGGAAAAUUAACGCAUCCUUAUGUGACUUUCUUCCACCUGUUUUUUCGCUGUUCUUCUAUAGUAGUGUACAUGCUCUGCGGAUGGUUUAGUGACAGUUUUAUUACAAGUUUUGUUUGUGUUGUCCUGUUACUGUCUGCUGAUUUUUGGACAGUUAAAAAUAUCACAGGACGGUUACUAGUGGGUUUGAGAUGGUGGAAUUAUGUGGACGAUGAAGGUGUAUCGCACUGGGUGUAUGAAGCUCGAAAGGGAAUGAUUCAGGGUCGAGUGAAUCAGAGGGAAUCCAAAAUAUUUUGGCUAGCACUUGUACUGUGUCCUGUUGUGUGGGCAGUAUUUUUUAUAAUCGCACUUUUUGGUUUUAAAUUCAAAUGGCUGCUUUUAGUUCUAAUUGCACUUGCUUUAAAUGGAGCAAAUUUGCAUGGCUACAUCAAAUGUAAUUUUGGAGCAAGUAAAGACUUGGGAUCAGUUACGACAGAAUUCUUCAAAGCAAAAUUACUUCAAAAUGCUGUUUCAUUUAUGAAUAAACCAGCACAGCCUAGUACUGCACAGCCGACUGGAAUAGUAUAAUUUAGUCAAUUUCAUAUAAGA